GGGCUAUAAAGUGAACCGGGAGCCCAGAAGGGCUGAGCUUCAGCCAGAGAGCGAGUGCUGCCUUUCUGGAGGAGGAGGAGGUCCCAACGCUGAGCCCCAAACCGUCUCCGUUUGCAUCGCUACAGCAGCGGCGCCCGGUUGAGGGUGUGCGGCGGGGACCCUCCGCUGCCUCCUGGCGUUUCUUGGCGCAGUUAAUUAGCUAAAAACGGGGUUCUUCGUCGCCCCCAUGUAGGAGCUGCUCCGCCGGGAGAAGCCAGGCUCCUUCUCCGCCGCCUGCCUUCCCCGGAGGUCCUGUCCUCGCCUUCCCUCUCGCGGAGUGAAGGUAAGAAGCAACUUUUGACUCCCGUUCGGCCUGCCGCGAAUGGCCUCUUGAGGACCCCACCCCCCUCGUCUCGGCUGGACUUUGUGGGGAAAAUCUGGGGCAGUGGGGGAAGGAAGGAAGAAAGGGAGAGACCCGGUCGCCCUGCCCGUCGGUGAUGACUGAAAGGAAGGCGGGGGGCAGUAAUGGAAGCUGAGCCAAGCCGCUUCUCUUGCUUCUGAUUGGAAUCGGUGGCUUUCCGGUGCCUGCAGAAAGAACCAGCCCCGCUGGAGACAGGUGUGGGAUCUCCUCCUCCUCCUCUUCUCAGGGUGUGCUUGCCUUAAGUGACGUCAAUGAAGCUGGAUUGAUGUUGAGGCUGAAGAGCCAGUAACCAGAGCAAGGGGGAUUAACUUCCCUGGCCCAACUGCCCACUUUCCAGCUGGAACACAGCUACCCACAGCACAUGGAUGGCAAUGGGAGCUUGAAUGGAAGUGAGGGCGGGCAGAAAGAGGGCCUUCCUUACCCCUUGCCCACUACCUUAGCCCUCAUCUUCCUGGCCACGCUGCUCAUGAUCUUCACCAUCUUUGGCAACAUAUUAGUCAUUAUUGCUGUCUUCACCAGCCGGAUGCUGAAGGCCCCUCAGAACCUCUUUUUGGUUUCCUUGGCCUCAGCAGACAUCUUGGUGGCCACCUUGGUCAUUCCCUUCUCUCUCGCCAAUGAGGUGAUGGGCCAGUGGUAUUUUGGCAAGGUGUGGUGCGAGAUCUACCUGGCUUUGGAUGUACUCUUCUGCACUUCUUCCAUUGUGCAUCUCUGUGCCAUCAGCUUGGAUCGCUACUGGUCCAUUACACAGGCCAUUGAGUACAACCUCAAGCGCACACCACGCCGCAUCAAAAGCAUCAUCUUCCUGGUUUGGGUCAUCUCCGCUGUCAUCUCUUUCCCACCACUUAUCUCCAUUAUGAAGCAGGGUGAGCCCGAGGGUCAGCUCCAUGAACAAACAGAAUUGAAACCUGAGAACAAAUUGCCCAGCUGCAGUAUCAACAAGAUGACCUGGUACAUCAUCAGUUCCAGCAUUGGCUCCUUCUUUGCUCCUUGCCUUAUCAUGAUCCUGGUCUACAUCCGUAUCUACCAGAUUGCAAAAAGGAGGUCUCGGGUGCCUCUCAACAAGCAAGGGGAGACUGUAGAGAGCAGACAGAAUGGGUUGGAUAACAAAGAUGAUACAGCUGCGAUAACCAAGCUCAAUGGGGGAAAGGCAACAUUGGCAAGAGGAAGCCAGGAAACAGAAGCCAAUGGUAUAGACCUGGAAGACACGUCUUCUUCAGAACACAAUGACACUCCUCAGCCUAGGAAAGCAGACAGGCACCCCAGAAAUAAGGGCAAAACCAAACUCUGCCAAAUUAAGCCUGGGGACCAUUUGCCUAAUCAAGUAGAAGAGGAAAGAAAUGCCAAAGCUUCACGAUGGAGGGGGAGACAGAACCGGGAAAAGCGCUUCACCUUCGUACUUGCAGUAGUGAUUGGAGUUUUUGUUGUCUGCUGGUUUCCUUUCUUCUUCACUUACACAUUGACUGCUGUUUGUAGUAGCUGCUAUGUUCCCGAUACCCUCUUCAAGUUCUUCUUCUGGUUUGGUUAUUGCAAUAGUUCCCUGAAUCCUGUCAUCUAUACUAUCUUCAAUCAUGACUUUAGGAGGUCCUUUAAAAAAAUUCUCUGCAGAAUAAACCGGAAAAGAAUUGGGUGAAGCGGGGAUCUGUUUGCAAGGCAAGUCUUAGGUUCAGCUGUGGUAGGAUAUUGGAAGUGGGUGGCACCUUGUCUGAUUACUGAGCAUUGACUCUUCAAAGGCUUCAGGUGAGAUAAAACAAUUAAAAUAUUAGUGCAC